CUGCUCUGUGCCGAUGCAGACGUGCGGGUUGGAACGCGGCUCCGGUGCUGAGUCUGAAGAAGCACAGAGUCGCUCCUGUGUCCGCAGCGUCUCCAGCUUCUCUAACUGCCUCCAUUAAGACAACCCUAACCCCCUAGCCUAACCCAAAGACCUCAUGGGAGGCGCAGUGUUGGACAUGGGAGGAGGAGGAGUGAAGGCUCCAGAUGGAGGGUGGGGCUGGGCGGUGCUGGCCGGCUGUUUUGUCAUCACUGGCUUCUCUUACGCCUUUCCAAAGGCGAUCAGUGUCUUUUUCAAAGAGCUGAACCAGGAGUUUGGGGUGGGAUACAGCGACACCGCCUGGAUCUCCUCUAUACUGCUGGCUAUGCUCUAUGGCACAGGUCCUCUAUGCAGUGUGCUGGUGAACCGCUUCGGCUGUCGGCCAGUGAUGAUGGUGGGGGGCAUCUUUGCCUCUCUGGGAAUGAUACUCGCUUCCUUCUCCACCAGCAUCAUCCACAUCUACCUCAGUACAGGGGUUAUUACAGGUCUGGGUUUAGCCUUGAACUUCCAGCCAUCAUUGAUCAUGCUGAACCGCUACUUCAGUGAGAAGCGUCCUCUGGCCAAUGGACUGUCAGCAGCAGGAAGCCCUGUGGCACUUUGCUGCCUGUCACCACUGGGCCAGGUCCUCCAGUAUAACUAUGGAUGGAGGGGGGGCUUUCUCAUCCUGGGUGGCCUUCUUCUAAAUUGCUGUGUGUGUGCGGCCCUGAUGAAGCCUCUGGUCGCCCCCAAGAGCCUCCAGGUUAACGGCAAGGCGAAGGACGAGGAGGAGGGAGCAGAGGGUGUAGAGAAGAUGAAGCCCAAAGCCAAACUACUGGAUUUUACUGUCUUCAAAAACACUGGUUUUGUCAUCUACACUGUAGCGGCAUCCAUCAUGGUGCUCGGACUGUUUGUACCUCCAGUGUUUAUUGUGAGUUAUGCUAAGGAGCUGGGGAACGAGGACACGAAAUCAGCUCUGCUGCUCUCUAUCCUGGGCUUCAUUGACAUUUUUGCUCGGCCCACAUGUGGAGUGAUUGCAGGACUGAAAUGGGUUCGGCCUCGUUGUGUCUACCUCUUCAGCUUUGCUAUGCUUUUCAACGGAAUCACUGACCUGAUUGGGUCACAGGCCAAGGACUAUACAACACUGGUGGUCUUCUGCAUCUUUUUUGGCCUUUCCUAUGGCAUGGUGGGGGCCCUGCAGUUUGAAGUCCUCAUGACAAUAGUUGGUACCGAGAAGUUCUCCAGUGCCAUUGGCCUGGUGCUGCUCAUGGAGGCUGUUGCCGUGCUGGUGGGGCCACCUGGUGCAGGCCGCCUUCUCGAUGCUACCAAGAACUACAUGUAUAUUUUCCUACUGGCAGGAAGUGAGGUGUUCCUCUCAGCUGUUGUUCUGGGUACUUGUACCUACUUCUGUAUUAGAAAGAAUAAGUCUUCAGCACCAGCGCACAGCCUGGAGGACGGCACAGUGAUGUGUGAUGUCAAGACAGAGUUCAACGAUGAUGAGGAGAAAGGCGCAAGAGAGGAACGGGAGAUGGAGACUAUGAAGAAGGCGGAAAGGGAAUUAAAGGAAGAGGAGGAGGAAGAGGAUGAGAAAUUAGAGGGGGUCGGGCCCGGCAGCGUAACAGUUGACUCACAGGAAGUGGAAAAGUUCCUGAAAGAGCCACACCAUAAGGGUGACACGGUCGUCACUCCUGAAACAUGCCUGUGAGUGGGGAUUGAGUUUGUUGGACAGAAUUAUAUUUCCAGGCACUUUGUGGUUUUCUUUUGUUUUUUCAAAAUAUUCCAUUUUGAGGUGUUCCCAUGAGCUUUCCUGUCAUAAUGUGUUCAUGUGUUGAUGUUUGUUGUUUGCAGUGGUGUAAUCAGUAUCACUGCCACUGGAAAUGUGAGAGUUGCUGUAUGCAAACCUUUAUCAUUAGAUGUUUUGGGUUCUGGUGGUUUAUACUAGACAAUAGAGAACCUGAGUGAUAAGACUGCCUUGUGUAUAAAUUGUUUAUUUCAAGAGUCCACAGUUUUAUUUUUAUGUAGCCACCAGCAAAUAAAGGUUGGCAAUAUUCUGUAUUCUUGGUGUGUCCGCUAAUGCCAUGGAAGGGCCAGAUGGAAACAAGCUUUUAGAUCUAUUUGGUGCAAUAAUUGUUGAUGAAUCGUCCUUAUACCAAAGUUAAACCAUUAAUGUUUCUUACUAAAGGCCUGGUCACAUCAAAAGGGGGCAGGGUUGAGCUCAUCCAGGCAUCUUCACAGAAAACCUUUGGUGCUAAAACCUUGGUGACAUUGUGACUACAAGCAGGUUGUUUUUCCAACUUCUGUCUGUUCAUAUGCUUUUAAGUCGACAUAUGGAAACAACAUGGACACUACUGAGACAAUGUAUUGAAUUUUAUUGCCCAGAGCAGUAAAAUACAUUUUUCAAGGUGUAUUUGCUCUACCUGUUAGCAGAGUUACUGCUAAUAGAUAACUUUUGGGUUUGGUCACUUGACGUGGAAAGAAACUUGUCAUAGUUUGUAACUUUACCUUGAAAAUUAAUAUUACAAACUAGAAGGAUACAGAAGGCUUACCUCCACCAAGACUAACGUUCUAUCUUGCAGUUUUAAAGAAAGGGAAAAACUUAUAUAAUCCAAUGAAACAUUCAAAUCAUCAGUUCACUCUGCCAGUUUUAUUGACCUAGUUUUUCUUGCGAAAUAUUUAGCAGGAAAUACACUGGUGUGACUUGGUCUUAACAGUUAUUGCCUUAAGGGUUUGAUCUUGCAAAAAGGGACAAGAUGCUGUAAUCUUAAAUGUCAUUCACAACUUUGUGAUGGUCUUCAUCACCAUAUUUAAUUUACUAUGGCAACGCUAUGCUUGAUGUAAUAGGCAUUUUUAUUAUGCAGUCAGAGGAAGCACGUGUCAGAAUUUGGAAAGCACUUAAGUGUAUGUGUGUGUGACUGGUUAAAUGUUGUCCAUCUUGUGUGUGCUGCUGAGGACCAAAGGAUAAACAGAGUCAAGUUUUUUUAGGAUGAACGGUUGUCGAGACCUUAUUUUAUACUAGUUUGUUAAGGAUAGGGUGACAUCAUCAGUGACAUAACAUUUUGUGAGUUAACACCUGUCAGGCUGUUAUAUGUGUCACAAUUCCAUGCACCAAAAGGUACAUUUUGAAAGGACCUAAACUGUUACUAGUGACCUUACUGAAGCAUCACUCCUUGUCUACUUUGCCUUCAUGCUUCGUAUUGUCUGUACUAAAUGUUUAUGUUUCAGUAAAAUAAUAUUAAAGGAA